AUGACUCUGUUACUAGGACCUCCGGGAAGCGGAAAGAGCACCCUCCUAGAAAUCCUGGCAGGCAAAGCUAAAGUAACUCCUAGCUCAAGCUUGGAAGGCUCGGUGAUGUACAACGACAAAUCUAUCACUGAUAUAUGCCUUAGCAGAUUCAUUGCAUAUGUUAAUAGCCAACUUAACAAACACAUUCCAUUUUUAUCGGUUAGAGAGACACUUGAGUUUGCAAGGGAUUGUACCCAGGGUCUGCGGCCAAAGAACUUCACUCCUCAGAUGAGGAAAUUCUUUGCACAUGCACUUGUGGAAGGACAAGAUCCAUUCUUGGAGUAUGUUUUAGCAAUUUUAGGUUUGAAGGAAGUCGAGCACAAACUCAACGGAGAAGCCUUCUCCGAUUUCGAUCGCCAGAAGCUCACAACGGCUGAAUUGGCACUCGGAACAUACUCUGUCAUGAUUUAUGACCAACCAUUUUCAAGUUCUGAUCUUGCAGCCACCUACGACCUAGUAGACACCCUACGCACCAUGAGCAGAAUUCAGCAUUCAUCUGCGAUUGUGUCGUUGACCCAACUCUCCCAAGAAAUAUUAGAUCUUUUUGACCGAGUUAUACUGCUCAGCGAUGGCCAUGUUCUCUUCCAAGGUACUCGCCAAGAUGCCAUCCCAUACUUCACAAAGCUCGGGUACAUAAAACCAUUGCAUGUGGAAUCAAAUGAGUUUCUUGAAGACAUAGCAGCCGGAGAUGGGUCCAAGUAUAUGGCACCGGGAGCAACAUCCCCGACUCUAGAGGAGCUUAUUGAGUGCUACAACGCUUCAGAUCACUACAAGGACAUACUGAGGAUUGUGCAUGGAGAUGAGGUGAAGCAUACCUAUUGGGUAGACAGCGAGCCGGGACUUGGGUUGACUCUCAAGACACCAACCAAGUAUGAUUGUGCAGUUGAUGCACAGCCAAGAAAAGAGACAGGUCAGCAGCUCUGA